AGGAGCACCGUAAGCCAGAAAUGACUCAAAUGAAUGCAACAACAACAACAGGGCAAAAGUACUUCUGAAGAAUCAUAGCCGGAGAAAACUCUGUGCAAAAUUCAUGGGGUUGCUAUAAGUCAAGGCACACAUUGACGCACAUGGGAUUUCUCCUCCGGCCCUAAAUUAUUCUCUUUUACUGCAGCCUCUUUCUGACUUCCAUUAUUUAUUCCCUCCUUGCCUUUGGACCCAUUAUCUUGCAGGAAGUCCUGGGGGCUGGAGAAUUUGCUUUUGAUUAUAGAAACAUUCCUGAAGACUUUUUCAAAACCUCUCUUUCCUUUUUUCCCUCCAGCUUUAAAAACAGAACAUGAGGUAGGAGGUUGCUGGGAGAAAAGAGGGGAAAUGGCACCCCAUGUAGAGUGAACGGGCAUCCUCCUUUUCCAGGACACGUCCUACAUUCCAACCAGGAGGAAUUCCAAAACGUCCUCCAUUUGAGCAUCACGAAGAAGCGCAGGGUUAUAUGAGUAUUUUUAGCUUCAAUUUUUGCAAUGCCCUGCUUUUAUUUUCAACUCGCCUACAUUUUACAGUGCUUUGUCCUCCUUUGUGGCUAUGACAUUUGGCCACCAGGCCCUCCAUAAGUCACCACUUCUUUUGCCAAAACGGUGCUUCAUUCUCCAAAUGGCUCCUUUUGAGUUUGUCAAAAGUGUCAGAGUGCAGCUUGAAAAUGGCACCCUUGUGUUGCAAGGUUUUCAAAAUUAGUAAUAUUAUAAAAAUAAUAAAAUAAUAUGUGAUAUUAUUUUAUUUGUUUCAUGCAGGAAAGUAACUCUUCACGAGUCUGUCCUCUGCCUAAAUUCCAAACAAAAGCAUUAAUUCCAGUUAGCUUAGCCAAGUAGUUCUCUGCAAAACGAAUACAUUCCCAACACUCAUACAUUGCACGGUGCACAAUUUUGGCCUUUAGGUCCAAACCCAAAAUGCAAGAUUUGGGCAUCUUGUUCAGUCUAUAUAAAAAGGAAAAGCUGCCCAAUCCUCAGAUACCCAUUGUCCAGAAAAUGCAUGAUAACUAAUCCCAGUGUGGUGUAGUAGUUGUUGCUUCCAUGCUAGGAGUAACCAGGCCAUUGUGUAGCUUCCAAAACAAGGUAAUAUUUGGGAGUCUCCACAGUGGAAGGGCUUCUUCUGUCUUGUGUAUUUUCCUCCAUCUCUGCCCGGUCUCUCCUCUGACCCUCAGUCCUUCCGGGUCCAUCCACGGUGUCCAUCCGUGGACCUGGCCAUAAAUAGCCGUGACCUGGAAGACCAGCCACUGGAAGGGUGGGGGACGAGGAAAAGGAAACCUCCGCUCUGAAAGCAGCAAAAGCGUAUUUCCGCUGCUUAGGAUAAAUUUCCCAUGACUGUAACAGGAAGAUGGAAGCCGGCAGGACAGAAAAAGACUCCAUUAACUCCAUUCGCUUCAGGGGCCAAAGCCUUAAAAUGGGGGUCCCAUGAUGGAGAGAGCGAUGAGUUGGAGGGCUGAAGAUGGCCAAAGAUUGGCUCAAAUCAGGGUUGCCAAAUCCCUUUUUGGCCAGAGACCUGAGACCAAAGGAUAGUGUCUAGUGCUGACACAGAAGCCAACCUUGGCAAUGCUGAUAUAGGAGUUUAUCACACGAAGGAGAUCGGGAGUUUAUCCCGUGAAUAUCGCGUGAUUAUGUGGAACGAUUUCACACGAUGUCACACAAGACUCGCCAUUAAAGUGGUCACAAAGAAGCAUUAACGCACAUCUUUUUACUUUCCAAUAUCACUUUAUUUGCACCAUUUCAUGUGACAAUCAUUCGUGCAGUUACUUGCCAUUUUUGCUUCAUUUGCGGGAUGCUUUAAAUGCGCUUUAAUCUCUCUUUAAACACCGAAAUCAUCCCCAGUGUGAUAAAGUCUGCUGUAUUGUGAUGGAGAAAGCCAUGCUUGCAAUGAUGGAUCUGAGAAGAGCCUCAGAGAAAGGAAAGUUGGCAGAGUCCUCUCUUUCAGACCCGUUGCUUGGAGGGGGAGAAAUUGUAUAGGGUGGCUCUCUGCCCAGAAGAGAGGGCAAUUGUGGGGGGCAUGACUGUCAUGGGGCUCCUUGGCUUGGUUCCCCUUCCUCUCCGGAAAUCCCAUGACAAGCCUUGCAACUGGGAACGGCUAGGCAGCUCUUUGACUUCGAGUUUUGCAAAGGGGGAGGCAUUGCUCAGGAUUGUCAGUGCAAAAGCUAUGCUGGAACUGUGUUCGUUUAACACUCUCCAACCCAUCGCUCUUUAAAUCAAGGCUGGGGAAGACAGUGGAGUUUAUCACACUGGGGCUGAUUUCGGCAUUAAAGAGAGAUUAAAGCGCAUUUAAAGCGUCCCGCAAAUAAAGCGAAAACGUUGAGGAAUUGCGGAAAUGAUUAGCAAAGUCCCCAGUCAUCCCUUUUGUUUUGCUGAUAUAUUGAGAGGUCCCAGAGAUUCCCAAAACAUCGUCUGCUGAACUUUGGCAUAAUUUCCUCUCUUCUGAAAGGAAACAGGGUGUCUGAAGAGGAUUUGCGAUGGAGACGCAGCAGCAGGAGAUGGAGCUUCUGAGCAAUAGUAUUGCAGCUUAUGCCCAUAUUCGAGACAAUCCCGAGAGUUUUGGCCUCUACUUCGUCCUAGGCGUCUGCUUCGGCCUCCUCUUGACUCUUUGCCUGCUGGUCAUCCACAUCUCCUGGCGGCCCCAGACCGUCCCUCCAAGGCCCCGGAAGAGGCUGCGGGACUUGAGCGAAGACGAGGAGGAAGACGAAGAGGAGGAGGAGGAGGAGGAAGAGGACACUGCUGACCCCGUGGCUUCUGAACCCGCGCUGGCGAUGACGAAGCUGCCUUCGGAGCCCCAUCCGACGCCGGACGGGACCCUCACGGUCAACGUCUUUGCCUCGGCGGAAGAGCUAGAGAGGGCGCAGCGGCUGGAGGAACGAGAGCGGAUCCUGCGAGAGAUCUGGCGCAACGGACAACCUGACAUUCUGGGCACCGGCACCGGCACCCUCAGCAGAGUCCACUACUAUUGACCCAGGCCAGGUGGGCAGCCGUCGGACGUCCCUAGGUGCCCACUUGUGUCUUUCCUCAAGGGAUUUGUGGCCAAUCGUGCCAGCCUCUCCAACAUUAGCCAGACCUGCUUCGGCACCAACUGGCUUUUCAUAUUUUGGGGGGAGAAAGAUGAGGGGGCAGGUUUACUUGAAAGCAAGUAGCAGUGGUCAUGCCAAGUGGCAAACAGACCAAGUCUCUGGAUAUUCAAACUCCCUUAAAGACCAGUAUCCAAUUAAACUCUUGGCAAGUGGGCAGCCAAGGCAAGAUCUUCUUCUGCCAAUUGGUGAUGCUGCCAUGUUUCCUUGACCUCAUACUUGUUCAUGGGGCAGUGCCCACAACCGAUGCCAACAUCCUUCUUGGCAGACAAGGCCAUUUCUCUUUCCAAACGUACAGUGAGUGUGAAAAGCAUCACAGCCACUGUUGAUUCUCUUCUUCAUUUUGCGCCGUGUGCGUAUUGUUAUACAAAAGGGUUUGCGGUUUCUGAGAGGUUGUGCCAAGGCUGGAUUCCUACUCAGGGCUGCAUAAGGGUUUACACAAUGUCUGUGGUGCACCAGGAAGGCACGAGGCAUUGGUGCCCACGUCGUGCGGUCAGUUUGCACAGAGGUGCGACCCAGAACAAUUCCAACAUAGUACGACUCCAGCAAAGCCGUGGAGGCAGGAGAAGAACCAAUAACCCAAAGACUUUGGACAGCCAAGCCUGCCGUUUUCUCCACUUCCUUUUAUCCUUUGUGGUUUGGGGAUUCUGGCCAAAGGAAGAGGGCAGACAGCAGACCUGACCAAUUUGCCCUGGCAGCCCCAAAGCUGGUCUCCUUGGAGGGCUCUUGUACCCCUUGAUACUCACCCACCAAGGGACAGGGUUGCAAUGGGUAGGAAGGUGCUCUUUAUAUCUUUGCUCAUGGUUUACGUCAACCGGAUAAUCUGUUGCAUAUGUGUGCCUUAUCCUUUUAUACAUGUGUGUACAUAUAUAUAAAACCAAAGUCAUUCCAGUUUUGCAUGGCUCACAA